UAUAAGAGGCGGGGUCCGGGCACGCUGGCUGUUGGUAUCGCCGCGGGAUGGCCUCUUCCUAGAGUUUAGUGCGUGGAGCGCUCGAGCUGCUGCCGGUUGGCGGACUUGCCUUCGGGUUCCUGCGUGGCCUGCUGCGACAGAUUGCGGGGACUCCCGGCUCUUCCCUCUCGAGGAUCCGGAGACCCUCCAGAAGCAGAAGGCAGCGCUGCUACUCUGCACGGGAGAGGAGUGCUUUCAGCCAUGAAGUAUAUGUUGAACCUUUACCUGCUAGGUGUGGUGUUGACCCUGCUCUCCAUCUUUGUUAGACUGAUGGAGACACUGGGGGCCUUAGUGGAGAGCCCAUUGCCUGAGAGCACAUGGACCAUGAGAGGUCAACUAACCAACACAGAGUCCCCCAAGGGCCUUCCAGACCAUCAAUCCAGAGUGCAGUAAAACCUUCUGCUGCACCAGCCAUACCUUGGAACAUGGACCUCAGCAACUCCAGCCAAGUUUCCCAUUUACUAGCAGGCAAGCUCACAGCACCAGUGUUUCCAGAGAACUGUUACUAGGCACGAACAGACCUGUUUGACUGGAUGCUCCUUGCCCUGAAGGGAACAAAAAAAAAAAAAAAAAAAAAAAACCAGAAAAAAAAAAAGCCUGUUUGAUGCACAGAUGUGAGUGGGUUGCCUGUGGCUGUGGGAUGGAGUGAUCUUGCUCUUCUUCCCAGGAUCUGCUGUAUGCUUUGCUGUUUUUGACAGUGUGAGUCUUGACACCUGAGAUGGGGACCUGUCCUGCACUUUUAGCUGUUGGGAGAUGGUGGUGUUUUCAACCCAGCAUCCUAAACUUCUGCCAAAGGUUCCUUUGGACAGGACUGUCUUAUGGUCAGUUUAUUUGGUAUUUGUAUGGGCUGUAAGGAAGGAGAUGAUAGAAUAUCCAGUGCCUAAUUCUCAUUGUCUUAUAUUUUUAAGUUCUUCCAACAUAGUGUGUACGUGUUUGUGUAUGUUGGUCUGAAGGGGGCAAUGGGAUGACAAAGCCUGCUUAGGAUGUGGGCGUUCUGACCACUACGUGGUUUAAAUGGAUUUUUUGAUGCAAUAAAGUUGAAUAUUUCCAACAGAAUAUGUGUUAU